UCCCACCUCCACAUCUCAAGGACCCCAUUUCCGGCAUUGGUACUUCCCCUAGCACUGCGCCGUGUCGGACUGGAGAUGAACGGGCACGAAUCCCCAUUGGACAUUCUGCCCGAUUGGUGCGUUCGCCAUCGCGUUGGUGUUCAUGCGGCGAUCAAAGCCGUCGACAUUGCAGGGCGAGGAAAUGGAUGGAUUAUCUCGGGAAAGGAAGCCCUCUCUAACGCUAGUGACAACACAGCUCUUCUCCAUAUUCCCCGGGAGGUCAUUCUCUCGGCGGAAUACGUGGUAGACUAUGCCAGCGGCAACGACCGGUUCCGACGCCUUCUUGAAGGUCUACCGAAAUUUCAGUCUGAACCGCGACUCCUUAUCCUCCUCUUCCUGCUCUCGCAGCUAGUACAUCACCGGUUACCCGAACAGGUGAACGAAAGCAAAGAAGGCCAACACGAACCAUGGCGUCAAUACAUCUCGGUCCAGCCCUCUGAUGUACCAGUGCCCACCAUGUGGUCAGACGUGGAAGUGUCGCUGCUCAAGGGCACCUCCCUCGAGUUCACACUAGCUGCCAAGCUAGUACUCCUUGCAAAGGAGUUCGAGUUGAUCACUGUAAGAGCGCAAGAAACGGGUUUCUGGCAAGAGAUGCUCUCCGAAAAACGCGUGUCACUCCGAGAUUGGAUCUGGCUGGACGCGCUCUUUCGUUCGCGCUCUUUCGAGCUACCUUUGUCGGGGCCGUCAAUGGUUCCCUGUGUGGACCUGGCAAACCACAGCCACGAAAACGCAGCAUACUUUGAGCAAGAUAUCGAGACCGGGACGGUUACAAUGUUGCUCCGAAACGACAAGUUCUCGACCAUGUCCGUUGGGGACGAAGUGACCAUCAGCUAUGGCAGGGACAAACCGGCCGCCGAGAUGCUAUUCAACUACGGAUUCAUUGACGUGAGCCAACCACCCUUCGGUGGUCAGAGGCUCGUCCUUUCGUUGGAUGAUAUUUCUCUGUGGGAAGACUGGGCUCGAAAGGAUCCGUUCCUUACGGUCAAGCGAGAGCUCUUCAGUGAUGCCCCGAUGCUAUGCCUCGAUAUGGACCAUGCGGGCGCAGCGCGGUGGACGUGUCCCUUUGCGUAUAUUGUGUGUGUGCAACAAGAGGACGGUUUUGGUUUCGAAAGGAUGGAAGAUGGGCACGGCACAGGAAGGUGCACGAUGUCAUGGCAAGGGAAAGACAUAUCACGUAUGGCUGGCAUGUUGGAUCUGUGGCUGAACACCCGGGAGGAACUGAGGAACGUUAUUCAGGGCCGCGUUGUCGCUAUCCUCUUAUGCGUUGUCACACACCAGCUCAAGCGACUACGUUACAACGGAGAGGUUCAAGUUGCUGUUGAAGAAGCCGAGGAACGAGGAAGGGCGUCAGUCCUACGCUCAGUGAAACAGCUCAGGGAGGUUGAGCUGGCGAUAUUAGAGAGGUCUCUACGAGCAAUAGUGGCGGAAAAGGAGAAACUGCUACAGGACGGGGUCGAUGUGAAAACUAUCUAUUGGCACUAGCCUCACAAUACGAAGCCAGGGGCCAAGGUGCCCCGUCAAGCAAGGCACGGCACACGCACUGGGAAGGGGAUCCAGCCUACCAACUUUCAUCGGCCAUGCAUCAUUAACCUCCGAAUAAGAUAGGUACCUAAUUCAUUUAACAGAAUUGAACUCCUCGAGGCUCGCGGGC